AUGGAAUUGGCCACCGGCAUACCAGCCCUCGUCCAUACGGCAAAGGCUCUAAUAAUUUACGCCAACGACAUCAAAAACACUCCAAAAGAAUGGGAAGAAAUCCUCGCUCACAUAAGAAGCUUAAAAUAUCUACUCGAAAAAUAUGAAAGCGGACAUAAGGGCCUCUACGGUGAGGCUGGGGCACCCCGGUAUCUCGACGAUAUAAAUCUACGACCUCGAAUGGAGGAAGCAUUCGCAGAGAUCGAAAAGAAGAUACCUCAAAAGCGGGAGGGAAUGAAGGGGAAGGUUUAUCACUGGCUGAAAAGGGCGGAAUGGCCUGUGAUUUCGAAAAAGGAUGCGAAGGAUUUACAAGACAACCUUCAUAAGCUAGAGACGGAACUUGGGAUAGCUAUCAAUGUGGAUAUUGAGUAUGUUUCGCGGACAGUCCUAGAACGCGCCAGGGCAAAUGAAAUCCUCGAAUGGUUGAAAGGACACUCCUUCGGAAGCGAACAAUCCGAGAUGCAAAGCGACCUUCAAACUAAAAUGACCACUGGAACUGGGACGCAUUUACUCCAAUCAAAAGAAUUGAAAGAGUGGCUCACUGACGGUGAGCCAAGUAAAGCUUUCUGGUGCCGUGGAGUCAGAGGAGCUGGGAAAUCGACGCAGAUAUCCGCGGUCAUCCGUAAUCUCGAAUCCAAAUGGCGAGAGGGAGUGCACAGUAAUGAAAGGGCAAUGGGCUGCACAUACUUUUACAUCACUCCCAAUUGUCUAAAAGAUUUAACAGCCUCUAAAAUUAUCAUCACACUACUGCUGCAACUUCUAAAUCAGGUGGCAAGCGGUGAUUCUGAUCCUAACAAGGCAUCCUUCCCACAAGCGAUAAUCGACCUUGCGGGCCCCAGCGUACGAUCCGGAAGAAUUCCACUGAGGCAGGAAUUGACAAAGGCGUUUAUAGAAUCGGCAGAAUGCCAACAGUUCCCAAAUGGAGUGUUUUUCGCUAUUGAUAAUCUUCAUCUCCUUCCGGUGCAAGAUAGGAGUGACCGAGCGACAGACUUGAUUGAGGGGAUAUACGAAUUUCUAACUGAAGUUCAGCGAUCUACAAGGAUUAAACUUCUACUUUGCAGCGGAAAUGCCUACAUGAACCAUUUUCUUGGUGACACCGAAGAUAUUAAGCCGUUUGAACUCGCUGCAACCCCUCAAGAUUUAAAAGUAUAUAUGAACCAUAAGAUUGAAGGAGAGGACCCCAAAGCAACGAGAUUCAGAGCAGAUCUUCGGCAGGAGGAAGGGUUGACUAAGGAAAUGGUUAUAGAGGAACUUAUAGCCAAAUCUGACAAAAGUUUUCUACUACCUGCGCUGCAAAUGAAAGAACUCUUUAACUCAUCCCGAGCAAGUUCAAUUUCGGAUGUACUCAAAUCCCUACCACCAACAUUCCUAGAUAUCUAUCAAGCCGACCUCUCCAAGAUCCGCGACCUUCAACCUGAAGAAUCACUACGUGCAAAGAUAGCAAUAUCUUGGGCAUACUUUGCUAGAAGAAACUUAUCAGCUUACGAAUUAGAAUGCGCUGUGAAUUUCGGAAGAGCAAAUCAUGGUGGCAACCUACCACGACGUACGAAUACCAUUAAAAUAGACAAAAUCCUCGAUUGGUGCCAGGGACUUCUCAUACUUUCAGAAGAUGUCGAAUCCAAUGGUGAGGACCUAAUACUUGGAGGCUCGACCCGGGUCCAGUUCGUACAUAGCACAGUAUAUGAGCUUCUCAGGGAUCAAUUAGAUCUUAUCCAAAGAAUAGAGGGAGAUAUCGCCAGGGAAUGCAUCACUUACAUUAAUGAGGCUGACUUAACUGAAAUUGUUUCCGACGAUGUAUCGAGCAGAGGAUGGCGUGAGGCUAAAGCACGGAAAUAUGGACUCCUCUCCUACUCCGCUGAGAUGUGGGGCUUCCAUGCAAAUAGAGCCAAUAAUUCAGAGAUAGACGACCUUGCACUACAGCUUCUCCAGCAGGAAUCCAAGCUCGAAAUCCUUCUGGAUAAACUUCCCAAGGGAGUAUCUACUUACAGCGAAGAAGACCUUUUAACUGCAACCGGGUUUCACGUGGCCAUACAUUUCAACUACCUCCGAGUGGCUAAACUAAUGGUUGAUAAGGGUCUUGGUCAAAUCAACCCCGAGACCACAGUCCAGACCUUCGAAGGAGACAUAAUCGAGUCAAAAACACCUUUGAUGUGGGCUAUCAUCAGCGAGGCCAAAGAUGUAAGCGAAUGGUUGAUACAGACCGGCGCUAAUCUCAAUAUAAAAAUCGAAAACUGGUCUCCGUUGCACUGGGCUAUCGCCAAAGGCAAAUAUGAUAUCGCAAAACUACUUCUCGAUAAUGGAGCAGAUCCUAAUCUCCAAACAUCCGACAAGAAUGAAACCCCUCUUGUCUUUGCAGCAAUUCUGGGACUUUUAGAUAUUUCAAAGCUACUCGUCAGCUAUGGUGCCAGUAUAACAGCUCAUGAUAUCGAAUACAUGACUGUAGCACACCAUGCUGCGAGAGCAGGGCAAUUACCAUUUCUACAGUGGGCAAUCGACCAAGGAUGUGACCCACAGGCGAAAGCGAACGGUAAUACUACUACUUUAUCAGUCGCUUGCUACCAAGGACAUACCAAAGUAGCGUCUUAUCUUUUAAAGCUGCAAAAAUACCCAGCGGAGGAACUAUCUGCCUUGCUCGACUGGCCUGUACAAAAGGGUCAUAUUGAAGUAGUUUGUGCAUUGCUAGUUGCCGGAGCAGAUACCAACUAUCCUGCACAUGGGGGAUGGGUCAAAAACCAAAGAGCAAGUGACGGAGUGGGCACAAGUCAAGGGGUAGACGAUGAGCCCUGCUACUGGACUCCCCUUCAACGAGUAAGUCGUAAUUGUAAUAUAGGUAUGAUGCAAUUACUCCUGAAUUACGGUGCUUCUAUUUCAGAAAAGUCUGGGGGAGAAUGGGAUUCGAAGGGCUGGGUGAAAAACAGCCUAGGAACCGAACACCAGAAGGAGGAGGGACUUGAACUUUUAGAAAGAUGGGAGCGAGAGCAUUCAUAG